GGACUUAUUGUUGGAGCCCCGGCUCUCGGCAACACAGCAGCAUACACAGUACUCGGCAGUUCAACCACGGCGAAGGAUCAGUAUCAAGACGCCUGGGUUGUGUGUGCUCUUGGGGAGCGUGGUCCGUUGACGGGCAGUUGGAUCUUGGGGUGGGCGAGCAUCUUGAAUUCAGCACGGAGGAAGCCCAGCGCCCUGGGCCGCCGCCGCCGCCAUGGGGAUCGGGAGCUACUUCAAGGCUGAGAAGCCGGAGCCAAAGUCUCAGUCACAGGCCACGCCAAGCUCGCCAUCAAGAAACAGCAACAAUGCGAGGCAUCACCAGCAGCCAUCCAUGUCCGAGAACCCCACGUCAGCGCCGUCGCUGCGGCCGGAUUCCGAGCUGCACCCGCCCACGCCGCGGUACAGCUCCCGGCCGCAGUCCAUCUCGGGCCGGUCGGUAAAGUCGACGGGGAGCUCGCUCUUCCUGGACGACAUCAAGCACGAGGUCAUGGUCAACUACCUGUACCAGCAGCAGUGCUCGCACCUCUGGGUGUCGGACGGCAGCGGCGAGAUCGAGGGCGUACUGCUCCGCAAGAGCAGGGGGCAGUACAUGGCCUGCCCGCCGCAGCUGGGCAACUCGCCCUUCGCCGCGGCAUGUGCGGCGCUCAACGUUCAGUGCGCCAUGACGGUCAACUCGCGAGUCAUCAAGACCUUCCUGGCCUGGUCGCCAGACGCCGUCGACGUGCCGCUGAUGAACGGCCUCCGGGUGCAGAUCCUGCCGACCGUGGACGAUCUGCCGCGCGCGCGGAAGCACCAGUUCGCCGCCUUCGUCGCGUCCGAGGGUCUGCUGGUCGUGUGGGACGACGACGCGCUGCACCUGGUGCAGAGGGCCAAGGCGAUCGAGUCGGAGCUGAUGGAGCUGGUGUGGAAGGCCGGCGCUGAGGAGGACGGCGACGAGAAGGCCGGAUCCGUCGUGGAGGAGCCCGAGGUCGACGAGGAGAGCGGUGAGCUGAAGCCCGAGAAGCGGCCGGUGCACCUGCUCAACACCUACCUGGUCAGCCUGACGCUCAUCCUCGUGACCGUCUCGCUGGGCGCGGCCUUCCGGCAGCUGGCCAUCGAGAUCUCGGUCGAUGGCAGCUACGUCCGCCUCGCCCUGGUGGCCCUGUUCCCCGUGCAGAUCUUCUUCACCCUCUUCUUCGCCCAGGUCAUCGUCGGCUGCCUGGCCCAGAUCUUCGGCCCCAUCCGCCAGCUCACCGUCAACUCCAAGUUCUACUCGGCCCGCCCGCCGCCGCGCCUCCGGUCGGCCGUGCUUCCGCACGUCACCGUCCAGUGCCCCGUCUACAAGGAAGGCCUCGCCGCCGUCAUCGCACCGACCGUCAAGUCGAUCAAGCAGGCCAUGUCGACUUACGAGCUGCAGGGCGGCUCGGCCAACAUGUUCAUCAACGACGACGGCCUGCAGCUCAUCUCGGAGGAGGACCGGCGCGCGCGCAUCGAGUUCUACGCCGACCACAGCAUCGGCUGGGUUGCGCGGCCCAAGCACGGCGAGAACGGCUUCAAGCGGCGCGGCAAGUUCAAGAAGGCGUCCAACAUGAACUUUGCGCUCAUGAUCUCGUGCCGCGUCGAGGACAAGCUGGCGGCGAUCCAGCGCCCGCCUGACUGGACGCAGCACGACGAGGCGCUGGCCUACGAGCGCGCCCUCAAGGAGGUGCUCGAGGAGGACGGCCGCGCCUGGGCUGACGGCAACAUCCGCGUGGGCGACUACAUCCUGCUGAUCGACUCGGACACGCGCGUGCCGCCCGACUGCCUGCUCGACGCCGUGUCCGAGAUGGAGCUGUCGCCCGACGUCGGCAUCAUGCAGUUCUCGUCGGGCGUCAUGCAGGUCGUCCACACCUACUUCGAGAACGGCAUCACCUUCUUCACCAACCUCAUCUACAGCGCCAUCCGCUACACCGUCUCCAACGGCGACGUGGCCCCCUUCGUCGGCCACAACGCCAUCCUGCGCUGGUCCGCCAUCCAGCAGGUCUCGUACACGGACGAGGACGGGUAUGAGAAGUUCUGGUCCGAGAGCCACGUGUCCGAGGACUUCGACAUGUCGCUGCGCUUGCAGUGCAACGGCUACAUCAUCCGCCUGGCCGCCUGGGCCGGCGACGGCUUCAAGGAGGGCGUCUCGCUGACCGUCUACGACGAGCUGGCCCGCUGGGAGAAGUACGCCUACGGCUGCAACGAGCUGCUCUUCCACCCGAUCCGCCAGUGGCUCUGGAAGGGCCCCUUCACCCCGCUCUUCCGCCGCUUCCUCUUCUCCAACAUCCGCUUCACCUCCAAGAUCACCGUCAUCUCCUACAUCGGCACCUACUACGCCAUCGGCGCCGCCUGGAUCAUGACCAGCGUCAACUACUUCCUGAUGGGCUGGUUCAACGGCUACCUGGACAAGUACUACGUUGACUCGUGGCAGGUCUGGUUCUCCAUCAUCCUCGUCUUCAACGGCCUCGGCAACAUCGCCCUGGCCGUCAUGCGCUACCGCGUCGGCGAGCGCAACAUCCUCUACGCCCUGUACGAGAACUUCAAGUGGACUUUCUUGCUCGCCAUCUUCCUCGGCGGCCUGUCCCUGCACGUCUCCCAGGCCCUGCUCGCCCACAUGUUCGAGAUCGACAUGACCUGGGGCGCCACCGCCAAGGAGGCCGAGUUCUCCAACUUUUUCAUCGAGGUGCCCAAGGUGCUGAAGAAGUUCAAAUUCUCGAUGCUCUUCGCCACCAUCUUCAUCGUCGGCAUGAUCAUCCUCGCCGUGGGGCCCUUCAUCCCCUACAGCUGGCAGAUCCGGGACUUCGUCGCCAUCCUGCCCAUGGCCACCGUCGCCGCCUCCCACCUGCUGCUGCCCCUGGCCCUCAACCCGGCCUUGAUGACCUUUUCGUGGUAAAACGGUCAGCUGCUAGCCGGUUGGAUGAUUGGGCAGGCAGUCAUCCUCGUUUUUGUUUGUAUCCGGGCGGGCGGGCUUCUUUUUCUGCGAUCUCUGUACCUGGGGGGUUCUCUCAGCAGCCAGCCGAAAACGGGCCAGCGAGCGAGCGAUCAAGUCAGUUUGACGACGGUGUGUUUAGAACGGAUGGAA